AUGCUUCGGCUCAGGCAGCAACUGCGAGUCCAAAUACGACCUUCUCGAUUCCACUCCGGCCCUCGAAGGCCUCUUACCCCGAGUCCAACGGUGAGGCAUGUGAGGUUCAAACGGCCUUGGUUAAGGUCUUUUAUGUUCAGAACGCUCUUCGCGGCUGCCGCAUUCUACCUAUGGAGCUCUUAUCUAUUACGAUUCGAGGAUGAUGCUGAUGAUACCGAUACAUUAUUACCUGGCCAAGUAUCAGAGGCCAGUAGUCCACGCGAAGCCACGUCAACUCGCCAGAACUCAAGAGAAGAUGAACAUAAUGAGGAAGGCCCUGUGUUUAUCCCGCUCACUUGGUCGUGGCUAGAGGAAGGGGAACUGUAUAGAUCAUCCGACCCAGAAUGGCAAGAGUUUCUCGCAGCACUUGUCUUACAGGCUGCCUCAGAACAACUUUCUCAGGUCCUCGGAGGCCCCAUUUCUUUGACAGGAUUUUGGCUUAUCUCGGAUGACGGCGUGGCAUGGGUAACGCGACCAAUUGAGCCCGAUGUCGGAGAUAGACUUGAGACCUUGAUGAAGCCAGUGCAUGUGGUACUUGCUAUGAAAGACGCAUCUCUGAUUUUGGUGAGAAGGCAGAUUGCCCGUCUUCGGGGCGAUUCGCCUCACCCUUUAGAGGUUCUGUUUGGAGGGCAGGUUUCUCCAAAAAAUGGAGGACUCACACCUCUCAGUUCUAACGAAAGCCCCAAGUUACAACCUUCCAUGAAGGAAGAGCCUUCUGAAGUUCAGCAUAGUAAGGACAUCUCUUUACAUUCAUCUUUCAUCAUCUCUCUCCUGCAACGGCUUCCUCUACCUGAUCUAGGGCCAGGGUCGGAUUUACACUUGGCCUCGGUCGCAUUUCAAGCCCGGCUCAAGGACUACCGUGCCCAGCGGGCUCGGACUCCUCGACGAGGAACAUUUUUCAUUGCGGGGCCUGUCGGCCUAAAAGGUCCCAAUGGAUUUUGUCGCUUUGAAGUUCGAGGUGAAUAUGACCCCGCUAAGCCAGGAUGGCGCACUAUCGAGAUGAAAUUGCGGGAUGUGAAUUUCAGGAAGCAAAGACCCCUUCGCUAA